UCGCUGUUAUGAAAAAAGAAAAAAGAAAAAAGAAAAAAAAAGGAAAAGAAAAAGAAAGGUUGCUGUUUUGCCACGUGGCAAAAUGCCGGCGGUUCUUGUAUCCCCCGAUGGGAAGAAGGUGGUAAGGAUAGCACGGGCGUGUGGCGAUGACGUGUCAAGCACUAUUGGCCGAUCUGUGGGCGGGCUAGGCGGGAAAGAUCGGACGAUCUCGCGGCGCCACGUGGCGUUAUAUUGGGAGGAAAAUCAGCAGGAGUUGAAGGCCGGCCAUGGCGCAGGCGAUCGGUCAACGAACUCGGUCCGCGAGGUUCAGUCAGCGUUGACUUGCAAGGAAGACGAUGGGAGACUAAGUCCUAAAGGGUGCUCGCAGGGCAUAGCCAAGGGACAAGGGGGGGCAUCGAACACAGGAGAGAAGGACGAACGUGUGGAGGGGGACGAAGAUGCGAGGAACGAAGGAUCAGGCCAAGAGGAGGGAGGAGGAGAGGGGGGGAGACAGGUUAGGGAGGGGGAGAGAGGGGAUUGGAGGGUUACCUUUGAGGAGGCCGCUAAGAAACGGCGGCGAGAGGUGGAAGGGGGAUGGGAGUCUAGGGAGGAGGAGGAGAGAUGUGUCAAGCGAGUGAGAAAGGCAGGACAAGACGGGGAGAGGGAGGUGGUGGUGGUGGUGGAGGGGGAGGAGAGAGAGGAAGGGGAAAGAAAACGGCGAUGGAGGAUAAGAGGGGUUGUGUUGGGGAGCAAUCCGAUUUGCGUAGUGCGCCGAGGGCGCGCCUAUGCCAGGCCGGUGGCGGGAAGCGAUUUUUUUGGCGGGAACGAGCUGGGUGUAAGCUCCCUCCCCCCGUCCAUUGGCGCGCAAUCAGGUGCAAGCUUGGCGCGCUUCAUCGGGGGCGGAGAAGAGUUCAUCCUUGAGGAGGGAGACCAAAUAUCCCUCUCUCUCUCCCAUCCGUACUUCUUGUCCGUUGCCGAGGAGGAAGAACAGCACGUGCGGGUGGGGAGGGCGGAGGGGGAGGAGGAGGAGGAAGAGAAAGAAGUGGAAAAGGGAGGAGGAGCAUCCCCCUCGUUUCUUUCUGGAUCCCUACCUGCUUCUGGCUUGUUGAAAGGCACAGCAGAAAAGACGGUCGGGACUCGCGGAAGACUCGCCGAGUCGGCCGAAAUCUGCGACUCCGUGAUUGGCAUCGGGACCGCUGAUCGGGAUCAGGCGGAAGGUUCUCAUCAGGGGGCUCGUGAUCAGUAUGCACGCGACGGUCGGCAACGGGAUCGGGGUCGGCCGGAGGUUGGGGAUCGCAGGCGCGAUCGGGAUGGAGAUGGAUUUGGCAGCGACCGUAGUGUGGGCCAUGCAGCAGAGUUGGCACGUGUUCCUUCUACCCCGUUAGUAGAGCGGGAAGGGCCAAUCGAGGCGUCGCAUCCAACCGCAGCGCGGCCUAAGUAUAAGGAUGGGGACGUAAUGAGGAAGAAUGGCGCGACCGGAUCGGGAAUGCUGGAAUCCCCUCAAGGAGAUCGGGCGGCACUCGUUAAAGAAUUUGGCAUCAUUGUAGAAGGACACGAGUUCGACGAGUAUGAGAAGAGAAUUGCAAGCUUGAGCCGGCCAUGGGAUUGGCGAAUUGGAAAGAAAAAGCGAAGCGAAAGUGACGAGGAGGACAGUGACGAAGAAGAGGAACAUCAUGGUCGGACAGACACCGGUGGUGGUCGGCAUGGCAGCACCACAAGCGAACGCAUUGAGCAACCCCAUCGCUCCGCUUUCUUACAUCAGCCAGGUGAACCGACUGAACCGGCUGGUUCACGUCUCCGACCAGUUGGAUCAGAUGCUGCACCUGGUGCAUUCGGUGGUUCUCCAAGUCGAACAGAUGACCACGGAAGUCCCAGUACAUCUGUCGCUAAGAACCGUGGUAGGGCGGGUGGGACUGGUGGAGCAAGUGCACAUUCCCCUAUCAUUGGCAACCGUGUGAGAAAGCGGGCAAAGGAUGAUGAUGAAGACUACUCGCCAGAAGCCGAUGAAGAAUGGAAGGAAUCAAGCAAUGACGACGACGAAGAAGAAGAUGACGACGACAAGGAAGAAGAUGAGGAUGGACAGGACGAAGAACGAGAAGAUGACACUGAAGAUGAAGUCCACCAUAGGCAGGGAAGAAACACUCGACGACAGUCCUUGGCGGCAAUCAAACCGGCAUGCCAGUAUGGCAGCAAAUGCUUUCGUACAGUGACACAUCAGCAGAGGGACAUGCAAGUGCCACGUCAGUACAUUGCCAUGUCAGCAGAGUGCCACGUCAACAGCAACGUGCAGCCGGACACUAAAUGUGCCGCAGCCUAUGAUUGGCAGAACGUGAGUCCAAGGCAGCCAAGCCCCAACCGGGACCCAAGGCACCGCGAAUCCCGUGCACCAACCAGCCCCAAGAGGCCGGUUCCACCUCCUCUCCCAGUUCAGCAGGCCGAUGAACUGCUCCUAGCGUUCCUAGACCGUCUCCAGAAGUAUUCCGAGACGACGGCCGCUGAACAACGCAAGUGGGAAGAAGAGGAAGCCGCCCGCCAGCAGGAGAUUCAACGCCAGCUGGCAGAGGCAGAGGCAGCACGUCAGCAGGCCGAGGCAGAUCAGAACCAGGCUCGUUACCAAGCCACUAUGGAUCUGACUCGCGAUGAAGCCACCUAUGGCAGGCUACUUCGCCGACAGCAUUUCCACGAAACCGAAGAACGGCAAGAGCCAACCACGGAGGAAGCAGAYAAAGAAGGAAUAGCAGUUCUGAUGGAGAGUCUGCUGUACACAUGCAAUUGGCAGCAACGCGAACUGCUCGCCACGCGGCAGGUCCUCAUCCGCCAUGAAACAACACUCAAGGCAGUGGAUAACAGGAUCACGUCGCUGCAGGCCGAGAACAGGACACUACAUGCCGCCAACAGCCAACAGCAGACACUCAACCACCAGCUGCAGGCAGAUGUCAGCAACGGGUUGGCACAGCUGUCAGCAGCUGCGUCAACGGGCAGUGCAGCAGUCGACUGCAGCCCAGCUUUGACCGCACAGGCAAAGCGAUUGGAAGAGCCGGUCAAUCAUUUAGUCGCAUCCCUGGGCCACAUCAGCAAGUUUGCAGGAGCUUCUACAGUCAGCAAUCAGCUGCAGACGCUCAGGGACCGUGUUGACCAACGUCCGGUCGCUGUCGCCAAGGAAUGGAAGAUGCCGAACUUCAAAAUUGAGAAGUUUGACGACUAUCACAAGACCGAUCUGCUGCAAUGGUGGAUGGCAUUCAACGCAGAGGCCGACGUGCAUCAUACUCCGCCCCUACGACGGCUGGAUGCAUUAUACCUCCAACUUAUAGGCAGAGCGCAAGCAUUCAUGACACACAUGGCCGCGACGCUUGAGUGUACCAUCACCACCCUCCACACGAAGAUCAUGUGGGAGGAGUUUGAGAAGAAAUGGAAGACCCGGUUCAUGGUGAACAAUGACAAGCUCGCAAGUUCUCGCGUUGAGUACGAGAACUAUGCUGUCGAGCUGGUCCCACCGUUGAACCAGCCUCUCCACGUGCAAGAUUCAAGCGUAUGCGCGGCAGUUCCUCCGUCGGACAAUGAACCGGUGGCUUCGCCAGCCAUCUUAUCGGAGGAUCCGUCAACUUGGGCGAGACUUGAGUAUCUCGACCCGUUGACGGUUGAGGACUUCCAAUGGUUGCCUCUGCCCUCCACCGGCUCUUUGCCAACUCCGCAUUGCAAUGCCCUAAUGGCACAUCUACGCGAAUACUUGCACGCUGCAGUACCACCUCCGUCGACGGACGGCGGAGUAGCGGUUGUUGACCUUUGCAACUAUCUUGCGAAGAUCGACCGCGAGUACGCAACGAAACGGUACGUCGACAUCAACGCACCGCUCCUCUACAUCCGCAUUCAGAUCGGAAAGGCGACCUGCAGUGCCUUGAUCGAUUGUGGAGCGACUCGCAACUACAUCAGCCAAGACUUCAUGGCACGCGUCGGGCUAGGCCCGCGCGUUCGAAGGAAAAGUCAGCCUACGCACGUCACAUUGGCCGAUGGUCACACGCAAAAGUCAAUCGACCGAUGCGUUGACUCAGUGCCCGUGUACUUCGCCCCGCUAGCAAGCGAGGCCGUGUCCUUCGACAUAUUGGACACCAAGUUCGAUAUGAUCCUAGGCAUAUCGUGGCUGCAAAGCGAAGACCAUCCGGUGAACUUCCAUCGCCGCACCGUUCACGUUCGUGAUCGGCAUGGCGAACUAGUCCCGUGUACAGUGCCGCUUCCUCAUCCUUCGAUUGGUUGUCACGUGGUAUCCGCGGGGAGCAUUCGCCAAUCCAUCCGGCGAAACGACAUCGAGGAGAUGGGCAUAUGUUUUCUUCACGCCCUCCCACCCGGUGAUCAACCCAAGACGGAUACGUCGGACCCACGCAUCAUUGAGCUGUUGGACAGCUAUGGGGAUGUCUUUCAAGCUCCCGCCGAAGUCAUACCGGAUUGGCCCAUACGUCAUGGGAUCACUCUGGAGGACGGCGCCGUACCUCCGCGCGGAUGUAUCUACCGCAUGAGCGAAGAGGAACUUCAAGUGCUUCGAGCACAACUAGACAACCUCUUGGCCAAGGGCUGGAUUCGCCCUAGCUGCUCGCCAUACGGUGCUCCCGUUCUCUUCGUCCGAAAGAAGAACAAGGACCUUCGGUUCGACUCGGCGGCGCCAAAGUACUUCUCCAAGCUAGACCUCAAGUCCGGUUAUCACCAGAUCGAGAUUCAGCCAAGAGAUCGGUACAAGACCGCAUUCAAGACGCGUCAUGGGCAUUUUGAGUGGAUCGUCAUGCCUUUCGGUCUCACCAAUGCCCCGGCUACUUUCCAAGCGGCUAUGACGACGGAAUUCCGCGACUUGCUCGACCACUCCGUACUCAUUUACCUCGAUGACAUCUUGGUGUAUAGUCGGUCGCUGGACGAGCAUCUCGAGCACCUUCGCGCUGUAUUGGAGCGGCUUCGUAUCGCCAAGUACAAGGCAAACCGCGACAAGUGCGAGUUGGCCCGGCAAGAGCUGGAGUACUUGGGCCAUUACGUCACGCCGCAAGGCAUUCGUCUGCUCGCGGACAAGUUACAAGCUAUUCAAGAUUGGCCGGACCUCAAGUGUACUACCGACGUCCGCUCCUUUCUCGGCUUGGCAUUGUACUACAUGCGCUUCGUCAAAGGAUUUCAAUGCAUCGCUGCACCAUUGUCACGACUUCAGUCCCCCUUGGUGCCUAUCGAGUUCAGCGACGAGGCCCGCCAUGCGUUUCACACGCUGAAGACGGCUUUGCUUCAAGCUCCCGUCCUAAGCAUCUAUGAUCCGACGUUGCCUACCAAAGUGACUACGGACGCUUCCGGUUACGGCAUUGGCGCAGUUUUGGAACAGCAUGACGGCACAGACUGGCAUCCGGUUGAGUAUUUCAGCCAAAAGGUGCCGCCCAUCAACACUCUUGAUGAUGCGAGGAAGAAUGAACUCCUAGCUUUUGUCUCCGUACUUAAGCGUUGGCGUCACUUUCUCCUCGGGCGUCGGCGAUUCACGUGGGCAACAGACAACAAUCCGUUGACAUAUUACAAGACGCAAGACACGGUGAGCAGCACGAUCGGUCGGUGGAUCCACGGUGUUCCGGAAGACAUCGUUAGCGACCGUGACACUCGUUUCAUGUCGGCCUUUUGGACGGCACUCAUGGUGGAAUCCGACACCAACAUGAAACCGAGCUCCGCACGACAUCCUCAAACGGAUGGGCAGACGGAACGUGCACACCGGACUGCGCAGAUGAUGCUCCUCACACUCAUCCGCCCGGAUCAGAAGGACUUGGUUGACCGCCUUCCUGACAUCGAGUUCGCCUACAGCACUUCGGUGCACCCGACGAUUGGCGUGACUCCAUUCGAGUUGCACCACGGUAGACGGAAAGGACGUAUCUUCACAGACAUUUUGCUUCCACGGGCUGCCGAUAUAGAGGCAGCUUGCUACCCAGCUUCUACACGGAAGUACAGGGAACUGCUGGCCAAAGCCCACGCUAACAUGCAAAAGGCUCAGGUACCUGUGACGAAAAUCAAAGCAGACCAUCACUCACCCACAGCAGAUGGCCUGGCAAUGAAGGUGGAAGAAUGGGAACAAUGGAAACCAGAGAGUCUGUUCGCAAGCGAGAUCGUGGAGGAGAUGGGGGUGGCGAGGAGGAAUGCAGCCGUCUGCGGCCAAGCACAGAAAGAGAUGAAAGGGGAGCGGAUUGGGCAGGAUUUCGAAACGAAGGACGUCUUGGAACAUCGUGUUCAUAGCCGUCUGGAAGCUGGCAGGGGCAUUACGGAGACCAAAAGGCAUGACGGUAAACUCGUAGUGCCCAAAACGAGAACGGAAAGCGGUCUUAGGCUGGUCCUCCUCGGCUACGCGGAUCUGGUGAUAUCCGCUACGAAGAUCGAUCUUCGUGAAAAAUUGGUGGCCGGAGAGGCGGUUGAACAGAUCAUCCGCACGGGGCAUAGGAUAAUUGUUUUUGACCGUAUAUUCGUUGAGACCGCGAUAAUCGAGGCAAAGGCGGAGAGUGCCAUCCUUCUUGCGAUCGAAGAGGACAGGUGCACUCCAUGGGGACGUACUCGGUUUAAUGAAGCCCUGACGAAGCAACUCGUCAAUUUGGCGUUUAAGUUCCUGGGCUUCGGGAACCGAGAGGCGAUAUGGGGCGCGAUGCUGAAUACAGUAGUUAGGUUCGAGCCGGAUGUGGUGCUCGAUAUUGCGCAUAGAGUUACAGACAAGGAGAUCCGUGAUGUCGACAAUGUAGAGUUCGGCAUCAGGCUGACGAAGGAUGUGGUGGAACUGAGUUGGUGUCAAGAUGGGAACAUUGACAGGAGAGGGGGAUGUAGAGUCUGAUUUGCCCAACAACGGAAUACGGUAUUGCUUCCCAUCCUUGGCGUCGAGGACGAGGUCGUUGUGGGUCCAAUCGGGGCCAGCAUGGGCGAACUGAUGGGAGUAGGCAGUGCCGAGAACAAGAUCAUAUAGGGUUUCCAUGACGUCGAAGGUCCACUGGUCAUGGAACCGAGGGGCCUUGCGAAGGUUGUGGGGCAUCUGCAAGGGGAAGGAGAAUAGAAGAUCAGGCACCACCGAAUCGACGAAUGAUUUGGCCUGAUUGUCGCCAAGUGUGACAGUGACAGUGGAAGGGUAGGCGAAUGUAUAGAGAGAUGCCUCCUUAACUACGCGAGGGUGAAUGAAGUCGCCAGUAGAGC